AUGUUUUUCGGUUUCAAUGUUGAAACUGUUGAAUACAAAAAUAUUAGUUUUAACGUUUGGGAUGUCGGUGGUCAAGACAAAAGUCCUGCAUUAUGGAGACAUUAUUUCCAAAACACGCGAGGUUUAAUUUUCGUGAUUGACGGUAACGAUCGUGAACGUGUUGGUGAAGCACGUGAUGAACUUCAACGUAUGUUAGCUGAAGAUGAACUUCGUGAUGCCGUUCUUCUCAUAUUCGCCAACAAACAAGAUUUACCUAAUGCGAUGAAUGCGGCUGAAAGCACCGAUAAAUUAGGUCUUCAUUCAUUAAGGCCCCCCUCCCCCUCAAAAAUCGAUCUCAGCCCUGGUCAAUACAAAUGGGCUGAAAUUUGGAGCAUAUGUUGGGGCUGA